UUUUAUUAAUUGUCCUUUUUCAUAGUUCAGUUAAUUUCUUAAAAGAAUGUCAUCGGAAAAUCGUUUAGCGACGACAUCACCGUCGCUGAAAUCAAUAGAAUCGGCGAUCAAACUCAUAGACGUCAAAAAGGACGAACUCAAGAAAGCGUUCGAUGAUCUCCAAGCCAACUCUUUGCACCUCUCUUCUUUCUCUUUUCCCUGGUCCGACCUCGACUCUCACUUUACCGCUAUCCAGAACUCGGUGACUCAACGAUUCCGACUCCUCGAGUCUCGCGAGUCCGGUCACCACCCAGUUGAUGCCGUCCCCGCUUCGGGGCUCGCUCGGUGCUCGACGCAAUCGUUAUUGUCAAAACAGGGAGACCCAUCUGCACCGAAACCGUUAUCGAGAAACGACCGAGUUGACGCAGCCACUGAGCCGGUGGCGGCGAAUCGGCCAUUAAAUCAGAUCGUACCGUUAAAUGGUGACCAACCCUCGUCGUCAAAUUCAAUGGGACUGCAGUCUGAUGGUUCAGCUCCAGCGUCAGGCCGUAUUGACUCGGUGGUGACUCGGCCAGAGCUGAAGGAGUUAUGUGAGGGAAUGGAUGGGAAGGGGUUGAGGAAGUACAUAAAUGACCGUGUAAAGGAACGGGAAGCUAUCCGAAUGGAGCUUCCAGGUGCUCUAAAGAGUGCUCCGGAUCCUGGGGCGAUGGUUUUAGAUGCAAUGGAGGGGUUUUAUGCGGAGAAUUCACAGUCUAAAGGCGAUAAAGACCCAGAAUUGUUCGGGUUGAGGAGGGUUUGCGUGUUUUUGUUGGAGCAGUUGAUGGAAACUGGUGUAAGUUUUAGUGAAGAAGUGAGGGAGAGAGCAAAGAAGUUAGCUUUAGAGUGGAAAGGCAAGGUCAGGUUGAGCAAAGAUAACUCUUUGGAGACAUUGGCGUUGUUGCAUUUAAUGGCAACUUAUAAUUUGGGAGAUGUGGUUGAUAAAGAGGAGCUUGUUGGUUACUUUUUUAUGGCUGCUAGGUUCCGGCAAGCUACAAUGUUGUGUAGGUCAAUUGGUUUAGGGGAGAAAGUUCAUGAUUUGAUUCGAAAACUGUUAGAUAGUGGCAAACAACUACUUGCUGUGAGAUUUAUAUUUGAGUUUGGGCUAGCAGAAAAAUUCCCACCGGUGCCACUUUUGGAUGACUAUCUGAAGGAGACAAAGAAGCUUGCUAACCAAGUUUGCAAGGAUGGAAAGAACUCUCUUAAGUCACAGAAUGAGGCCACAGCCAAAGAAAUUGCUGCCUUGAAAGCUGUAAUUAAAAUAAUUGAAGAGAACAAACUAGCAACUGAGUAUUCACAAGAGUGCCUUCAGAAGCGUAUUGAGCAGCUUGAGAAGCAGCAGGCAGACAGGAGACCUCCUGCAACACCGCCUGCUCCCAAGCCUCUGCAGCAGCAGGCUAUUCAGCGGGCCAAUCAGGUGGCAAGUCAGCAGGCAAAGAAGAAGAAGAAGAAGCAGGCACUGGGAAAGCUGCAGCAGAGUGGCAACAAGCGUCCUAAAAUAACUGCAUCUGUUGUUCCUAUAGCAGCCUCAUUGGGUGUUAGCGGUUCAAGUUCAGCGGUUCCCCCAUUCCAGCAAUCUCAUCUUCGGCCAGCAAGUUUAUUGCCAGAUCAUUCUGCUGCAUAUUUGAGGUCGCCAGUCGGUCCUUAUGGUUUGGCAGGCUCCACUUCUGCUGUUAAUCCUUAUGUAGGCUCAUCAGCUGCAUUAUAUGGUUUGGCAGGAGCCCCCAUGGGUUUCUCUGUGAAUCCAAACCCUGCUGCAUCCCAUUUAUAUUCUUAUGACAGGCUGCCUACUUACGGUCCAUAUGGUUUACCACCACAGUACCAACCAUCUUACCGUCCACUGUAGCUGUUAUUGCCCGUCGAAUGCUUUUGGACGCUAGCACAUUGGCCUGGCAUUGAUGCACUGGUUGUUGUAAAGCACUCCUGUUUUUUUGAUAAGUGGGUAGCAUUGCAUAAACUAGAUUUGGUGACUGACUUUCUGAUGGUUGAGGCUACAUAGUGUUUUAUUUAUUGAUAAUUUUGCAAAUUGAUCAGAAGAUUUAUGUACAUGAUGAUUUUCUUUUAUGAGAUGACAUUAAUUUUCAAUGUAGAAGUCACAAACACAACAACCUAGCCAUUUUCUGUUCAUUAUAGUACUCUGUCUUGUUUUUAUGAAUAAAACCAGACCGACAACAUUGCUUAGAAAUCAUUUUUUGUUGUACUAAUUCAAUAUAUUCCU